AAUAUUUGUCACAAGGUUUACGUAAAAAAAAAACUUGAAAAAUGUCAGUCCCAAGGUAUAUAAACUGUUGUGGAUCAUAGUGGAUCGCAUCAGGAUUAUUUGAGAAAUCGUCAAAGAAACAAUAAUGUUUAAACAAACUACAAGCGUACUGUUGGUGUUGGUUUUGAUUAAUUUCACAACUGGACAGGACACUCAGGGAAGAUGGUACAAAAGUAAUGGAGUUGCCAAUUUGAAUUGCCCUUUGGAUGAUGAUCCAGAUGAUCCAACACUUCUUCCAUACCAAGGAGAUUGUACGAAAUUCUUAAAGUGUUCUUAUGGUUUGGCAUAUACUUUGUCAUGUCCCAGAAACUUGCAUUGGUCAAAGACGUAUAACAGAUGUGAGUCGCCUAGAAUUGCCCAGUGCAAUCCCAAUGAAGUAACUGCCAAACCUGAAAUUGGUGGAAAUGGUUGCACUUUCGCUUAUGCACCACAUCCUACCGAUUGUCACAAGGCUAUCCAGUGUGUUGAUGGAAAGCAAUCGGAAAUAGAAUGUCCAGCUGGUGCUGGUUGGGAUAAAAAUAACAACAGAUGCUCUUUCCUUUUGGAUAAUUGUUAAAAGUUUCAUUUUGUCAUUUUUUUUUUAUAAAAAUUAUACAUAGCGUUAUUGUGCAAUUAAUUAAUGUAAAAUAUAUAAAUAUCACAGUAUCAAUACAAAAUAAAUUAAUUAAAGCUUAAAAAAA